UAGUUCUGUUUGUUUAUGUUUAUAGUAGUUUAGCUGUAGUUAUGUGAUAAUUUUAGGUUUUAAUGAAUAUUCUGGAGGUUGAUAAACGUUGCCGUAGGAGUAUAAAUCAGUUCUUUAUCAGAUUUAUGUGAUUAUUCAUCAUCAUGGCCGCGCCAAGGAAUCAGCGGGGAUGUCCAGUAUGUCCUGCCUCUGUAGAGCACGAUGAACAUGAUGGUGUGCACAAUAACUCCAUUAGACACAGGCUCAAUUAUUUGUUAAAGCAAUGGCAUAUUGAUAGGAAGUCAUUGGUAAAAAAUCGUCAUGGUGCAGAAGUUACAAUAAAACUCGGAAACGCUUCGUUAGUAGCCAAUGUUAAUAAUGGAAAACAUUAUUAUAAAAUUACGUUGGAUUCGUUGAGGCAACAAGGAAAUGUACUUGAUUUUACAUGUACGGCGACAAACAGAAGAAGAGACGAUAUAUUUCUUACUAGAGUACUACUAUUAUGUGAAUAUGAAUAUUUUUCCAUUUUUACUACUAACGAGAAUAUUACCCCAGAUACUGUAGUACAGCUAAUGCCAAAUACAAAUCAUCAAGUUAUGGUUAGAUUUUCUCCGGACAAGUCAAUUGUUGGAGGUUACAACAUUCCAGUUUGUUUCAAUUUCCAGACAAACAAUCGACAAACUUUCUCCAUCAUUCGAUCAAUUAAUAUCUCAGUGGAAGAAACCAUUGAAGAAAAUGAGCAAUACCUGACGAGUCCAUUUACUGGAAAUCCAUGGUGGGACGUACAGCAUAUACUCCCACCUACAGGCAAAUCGAAGUACUCCGACAGAUAUGCAAUUCCAGAGUCUUCAAAACGAUUUUACUUUUACGGUUUACAAGAAUUUCAAGACAUGAGAAGAGAAGACUUAAACCAUUUAAGAGAAUUACAGAGACAAAUGCAACCAGGAGAAGUUACUAGAGAGAAUUUCAAAAAAUUUUGGCAUAAUGUCCUUUGGAUUGAAGAAAUCGGACAAACACUUGGUAUUCAACAGUACAAUAUGGAGAAUGUGUCUUUAGACUUAUUGGAUAAUGAGCUACUAAAACUAGAAGUGCCAGGUUUAGCUGAGAAACGUCCUUCGCUAAUUGUUGGAGAUAUGGUACAGAUUCGUGCUCACAUUGACCAUACUGGUUACACGGGAAUUAUAAGAAGAGUUACUGAUUCGACUGUAGAGAUUGGGAACGUGAAUAGAGAGUUGAUAAUGAUCAUUGAGAGCCAAUCAGAAGUGAGGGAUAUUUAUGAUGUAAAAUUUGUGUUAAGUCGGUUAUCAUUUGAACGACAACAUCAAGGUGUAGAUCAAGUUUCGGCAAAUGGUUUACUUCCGUGUAUAUUUCCAUCUCAUGAUGCAACAUUAAGAGGUAGACAAACAGAAAGAAUCAUUAACGAUGGAGAAUUCCUUAAUCAAACGAUUGCUAGAAAUCAAGAGCAGAAGACUGCAGUUAGAAAUAUUUUAAAUGCAACUUCAGUUCCAUAUCCUUACAUAGUAUUUGGGCCUCCGGGAACAGGAAAGACUGUAACGAUCGUAGAGGCUAUUUUACAGCUUAAAUUUAAGACCACUCACAAUAUUCUUGUCUGUGCCCCUUCAAAUGCUGCUUGUGAUUUAAUUACCGAAAAGCUGCUGGAACAUUGCACUACGAAUGAGUUGAUUAGAGUUAUGUCAUCUACUGUUGACUUGUCAAAUGUUCAUGAACCGGUAUUACGAUAUUCCAACUACGAAGAAUAUGAGGGAUCGUGGCAAUAUAAAAAAAUGGAUUCGGCAUCCUUGAAAACUUAUAGAAUAGUCGUGAUUACUUUAAUUCACGUCGGUAUAAUGGGUGGUUACUACAAACCAGACGUGGUAUUCGUUGAUGAAGCUGCACAAGCAUGUGAACCUGAAGUUUGCAUAGCCUUAGGUAUGGUUAAACAUGGACAGCAGAUAGUAUUGGCCGGAGACCCCAAGCAGCUUGGACCAUCAUUAACUUCUGAUUCUGCGAUCCGAUAUGGCUUAGGUAUAUCUCUCCUUGAGAGAAUUAUGCAAACCGAAUUGUAUCACCAACAUAACCAGCGGUGUAUCACCAUGUUGAUACAGAAUUUUAGAAACCAUCCAAAGAUUCUAACGUUGCCUAACGAGCUGUUCUACGGAGACCAGUUGCAGGCCCAGUCACAAAGGUCAUUAUUAGACCCCUUAGCAACAACUUGCGUCUUCCAAAAGCUACAAGAAAUGUACAGUGUUGCGGGAAAGAAGAACUCACACCCAAAAUUCACAGGCGAUGCUGUUGAAUUUUGUAGUUUAUUAUCCAAAGAGCAAAGGCAGGGAAAGUCGCCUAGUUAUUUCAACGUGAAAGAGGCGCAAAUGGUAAUAAAGUACAUUAGAGCUCUGCAAGCUUUAGAAUUUCUAGAUGAGGAAGACAAAGUGAAACCUUCCGAUAUCGGUAUUGUUACGCCGUAUGCCAGACAGGUGUAUACAUUGAAAGCCCUCCUUAAAGGAAAUCAAAUCGAAGGUGUCGAUGUCGGAACAACUGAAACGUUUCAGGGACGGGAGAAAAGAAUUAUUAUUAUAUCUACUGUAAGAGCCCAAAAAGAUUUGUUGCUGUACGAUAAACUUUAUAAGUUAGGCUUCGUUAAAAAUGAAAAGAACAAGUUUCCAGAAGUAAACAUCGACGAGACCGAAGAUGAAAAUUGGGACAACGAAGAGUAUCAUCCGACAUACGUGCCUAACUUACAACGAGAUAUCAUCUUAACGAUUCCGGUACAGUGGCGGCUCGUGACCUCAGUAUGCGGAGAUUCAAUGUUGCACUUACCAGAGCUAUGAGUAAAUUAAUAAUCAUCGGAUGCGCGCAAGUUUUGGCUACGGACAGAAAAUGGUUGAAAUACAUGGAUCUAUGUGAUACGCUAUCCACUUUCUGGGGAGUUCCAGUUCCUAGAAAGACUGAUGCUGCAGUUAAUAAAAUCACUCAAAGUAUUGGAGCCGUCCAAAUAGAUACCCAGUAUCAUCAAUAAACUGUGCAUUUGUAAAAAUUAUAUGUUUUUAGUCUAAGUGAGAAAAACUGUUAUCUUUUAAAUAUUAUUUUUAUCAAUGAA